UUGCUUAUCCAAUAAAUAUAAUUUGCUUAAGUGAAUCCUUUUUCUCCCAAUACAAUAUGAUUUCUUUACAUAGCAAACCGCAUUAGUCAAACCUAUUAUUUUCUAUGCACCUUACCUUUUAAGGCCAUUCCAUAUCUCAAUUCACAUAUCUUCUCAUGGCAAUGAACAAGAACCAAUUCUACAAGCUUGGAUACCAAGCUCUACCACCUAUCAUAACUCAGGAUAAUACAUUUUAUCCUCACCCUCCACAACCUGUUUCAGACUAUGCUUUUCCAAUAUUUGCCAUUGUUGUUCUAAGCAUCAUGGCUACCAUUUUGUUGCUCCUCAGCUACUUCACCUUUUUAACCAAGUGCUGCUCAAACUGGAACCAAGUUAACCCAACGAGAUGGAUUUCGGUUCUUCGAGUUCGACAGAACGAGGAAGAUCAUUUCAUAGCAUUGUCUCCUACAUUGUGGAACCGAGGACUAGACGAAUCAGUCAUCAGAGAAAUCCCAUCUUUUCAGUUUAUAAAAGGAGAAUGUGAGGAUCAAAGUGUGUAUGGUUGUGUGGUUUGUUUGACAGAGUUUCAAGAACAGGAUGUGAUAAAAAUUCUUCCAAAUUGCAACCAUGCUUUUCACUUGGAUUGCAUUGAUAUUUGGCUUCAAACAAAUUCUAAUUGUCCUCUUUGUAGAUCAAGCAUUUCAGGAAAUACAACAAAUACUCAAUUUGACAUUAUCAUAGCUCCAAGUUCUUCUCCUCAGGAUUCUCAGUUACUCUCUAACUUAGGUAGUGAUGAAGAUUAUGUGGUCAUUGAAUUGGGUGGUGGAGAAAAUGAGGUUGAACAAGAAAGAAAUGAGUCAAGGGGAAGCAUAGAACAUAGUAGAAAUUAUCACUCCACGAGGAAAAUGAAACCAAAGAAGUGUCAUCAUGUUUCCAUCAUGGGAGAUGAGUGCAUUAAUAUUAUCAGAAAGAAAGAUGAAACAUUUUCGAUCCAGCCGAUUCGAAGAUCUUUCUCGAUGGAUUCUGCAAAUGACAGACAAGUUUUCAUGGAUGUUCAAGCCAUUAUGCAACAAAAUAGGCACCACCAGAACGAAGCUAGUGCAAGUGAGGAUUGUAAUAGCAGAAGUAGAAGACAGUUCUUUCCAUUUUGUUAUUAUGGAAAGGGAUCCAAAAAUGCAGUUCUUCCUUUUGGAGAAUGAUGUUUAAUGUAAGAAGAUUUUUCAUUUUUUAUUUUCAUAUAUUUUUCUGCUUUGUUUUGUUUUUCUUUGUUUCUAGUUAUUAUCCAAAUGAAGUUAGAGAUCUUUGAAUUGAAUCUUAGUAGUGAUAAUUGAUAAACAGCGUAGGCAAAUGCAGCAUGUAGAGGGACUUAUGCAAGUGAUAGUGGUGACUUAGUGAGAGCCUGACACUGUGAUUAUUGUUAUGAAAAAAAAAUGCUUUUAAACUUUAGUCCCUUGCUUAAAUUACAAGGUGUAGUUCUUUACCUUUCUGAAGUUUUGUUUUACUCAAAA